AGCACUCAACAUAUAUAUGUACGACUUCAAAACUAUGAAAUUUACUAGUGUUUCUUGUUUUCUCUUCUUUUGUUUAAUUAUACUAAUUAUACCUUCUUGUUUAGCUUACAAUGUGGUUAAUUUUGGGGCUAGGGGAGAUGGUAGGACGGACUCAACCUGCGCUUUUCUUCGCGCUUGGUCUUCUGCCUGCCACUCUACUAGCCAACCUAACGUGUAUAUUCCACGAGGAACGUAUUUGGUAAGGACGUUGAACUUAAAUGGACCUUGUAAGAGACGAGUUGAGUUCCGAAUUGAUGGUACUCUCGUUGCGCCGGUGAAUUAUAAUGCAAUUGGAAAUGCUGAGUUUUGGAUUAUGUUUUAUAAGGUAAGUGGUGUUAAUGUGUAUGGUGGAACUAUUAAUGCAAAGGGACAUGGUUAUUGGUCUUGUAGAAAAGGUGGAAAGUCUUGUCCACAAGGAGCUAGGUCGAUACAAUUUAUGUGGUGUAACAAUGUACUGUUGAAGGGUUUGACAUCACUACACAGUCAAAGAGUACACAUUGGAAUUGGUUACAGCAGCAAUGUCAGAGUUGAGAAUCUUAAGAUAACAGCUCCAAGUGGAAGUCCAAACACCGACGGAAUUCAUGUUCAGAACUCAAGGGGGAUUACUAUUUAUGACAGCAUUAUCAAGACCGGAGAUGAUUGUAUAUCUAUUGGCCCUGCCUCCGCGAAUAUGUGGAUUGAAAAAGUUGGGUGUGGCCCUGGACAUGGUAUCAGCAUUGGAAGUUUGGGACAUAGUUUGAAUGAAGAUGGAGUAGCAAAUAUCACAGUAGCAAAUUCUGUUUUCACAAAGACACAAAAUGGGGUUAGGAUAAAAUCAUGGGCAAGACCAAGUGGUGGCUUUGCUACAAAUAUCAUGUUUAGAAACCUUGUUAUGAGGAAUGUUGGAAAUCCCAUUUUCAUUGACCAAAACUAUUGCCCUCAUAAUGUAUGCCCUCGUCAGAGUUCAGGAGUGAAGGUGAGCGACGUAACAUUCAAGAAUGUGAAGGGAACAUCAUCUACACAAGCAGCCAUGAAAUUUGAUUGUAGUGCUUCAAAUCCGUGCACCGGAAUAAAAUUACAUGACAUUAACUUAACUUACAAUGAUCGUUUGAGAAGGCCAGCCUUUGCUUACUGUAAAAACGCAAGGGGACGUCAUACUGGCAAAGUGUUUCCCAAAAGUUGCAUAUGAAGAAAUCUCAAAACAUGACCAAAAUUUAUACUCCAAAAACAAAAUACUCCCUUCUUAUGUUUUUUUUUGUUAGUUUUCUUAUGUUAUAUUAGUAAUCACUUAUGUAAUUAAGGUGUUUGAAUAAUCUAAUUCUUACUCUUUUUUUUUUUUUUUUAAGAAAAGAUCAAACCAAUUAUUUAACGUACGAAAAAUGGCUCAUAAAUAUUUAUCUUUUACCUUUGAAACUAAGAGUCUAAGAAGUAGGUAGGUGGUUGUCAACAUGUGGCUUCCUAGACACUAGACAGGGACAAUUUAAUCAUUUUAUAUUUUUUUCCCGAUAUAAUGUGUUUAUCUUAUUUUUCUUCAGUCUGUUAAAUAUUUAAAAAUUACAUUAAAAAAUUAUAAAUCAAUAAUUAGCAACUUAAAAUGUUAAAAGUUAUAUAAGAAAAGAUGGAUUGACUUUCGAAAUUCUAUCGGUGCCACAUAAAUUGGAACAUGAAAGUAACAUAUAUUACUUGAAAUGACUAAAAAGUACUGCACAUUACAAUAAUUAACAAUUAAAAAUUUAAAUGCCAUAAAAAAUUUGAUUGCCUCUUAAAAUAUUGUUACUGUCACAUAAAUUGAAAUGGUGGGAGUAAUAUAUCUUAUUUGUAAAUAAUGACAUAAAAAAUAUUAUAAAUUACAAUAAUUGAAAUCUCAAAAUACUUAUAAGACAAAUAAUUUGGUUAAUACUCAAAAUUCUAUCGGUGCCACAUAU